CGAGUACCGUCCAAGGAAUAUAUAAGAACCCUUGGUACCGUCCGCCUGAUGUGCUCAAUUCUGUCCAUGUAUUCUAUGAUAGAUUUUGUUGAUGGCAGCAAAUCAGUCUGCUGAUGUUCAUUCGUGAUUAUUUAGGCUAUGCUCCCCAGUCAAUAGUCCGCACCAAAGACUAUAUAUAAAUUUUUAUACAUAGUCUUUGUCCGUACACUGACAAGUUGCCUGUGCCAUCAGCACUCAAAACAUAACGGGUGCACAAGAAUAAAUUAUACGUUUUUAUGUAACACUACUCAAGUUCUCUUGGUUCAAGGUCAAUAUCGUAUUUUGAAAGGAAAACUGUAAACACUGAAAUUACCUAUGGUGACCAUAAGACCUAUGGGCUAGAGCCUGCAGUGGGUCCGUUAUGUGAGUUUCUGAGUGUAGUGUCAACUAACCCUUAACAGCUGAUAUAGUGAUAAGGGUAUGAACUAGUUAUUCAGUUAGAUGCUUUUGUUAAAGAAUUAUGUUGGAAAUAACUGAGUAAAACUCUUGGGAAGAAUAUAGAGCACUUCGCUAGAUUGGCUAUAGUGUACAAUCCGUAUAUCUGGUUAAGGUCUGGCGAGUAGUCACAGCCAUGAAUGGAGAAAGGUCAGACUCAUCAGACACUCAAGAAAGACUCUACAAGAUGCUUGAGAAGUUACAGAUGUUGGCAAGAGACAUUCCUGCUAAAUUUCAGCAGAGAUUACCAUAUGACCUGCUCUCAUCUCUGGCUCACUGUCUGCUGGACAACACCACAUUUGAGAUCAUGCAGGAGUUGGCCGAGCUGCAGCACAUGACUGAGAAGAUCCUUCACAAGCGACAUGCUCAGAUGCUCAACAAACAUAAAACAGAGAAAGACAGUCUCCUCAAGUGUCACAAGGAAGAACUCACAGCAGCAGAGAGACAGGGUAAGGCUCAUGUGCUGUCCCGGUUGCCACGGCUGCACCAGGAGCAGCUAACAGAACUCACCACCCGCCAUUCCCAGGAGAUUACCAACACACAUCUCUUCAUCCAGAAUGUGCUUGACCAGAAGGUGGCAGAACAGCAGUCUACACUGCAGCAGGCAGGGGUGCCUGGGUUCCAUGUCACUAGCAACCCCAUGGAGCUUAAGGUUCAGAUGUACAUCAUGGGAUUUAUCAUGAAAAUUGGAGGGAUAAAAUUUCCUCACUAACUCCAAUAUUUUGUAAGCUGAGUUUAUUAUAAACUGUAUUGUGUUUGAAAUUGAAUGUUAGCUUAUAUUAUUAUGGGUCUAAAUAUAUGUUUUUUACAUCUA